GGGGAUAUGUUGCAAGGACAAGAUUUGUGUACUAGCCUAUAUGAGCUUCAAUAUCUGUUGAUAAAUUAAUUUAUCAAAGGAAAGGAAACCCUAGCGAACAAUCAAACCAGGUUUCUUCAUAAAGAAGGUGAAAGAAAGAAGAUUAAGACCCCAUGAAAGAUGAGAUCAAAAGUUGAAAUGCCAAAAGAGAGACAGAAAGUAUAGAGAUUAGAGAGAGAGAAAGAGACAUAUUUGAGAAAAAGACUCGUCCUUUCUUUAGUGGCUAUUCAGAUGUUACCUUGAUAUGAUAGCUUUGAUCUUCUUCUCCUUCUUCAACAAAAAACUCAAAACAAUUUUAUAAAUCUUGAAUCAAAAAUGGCGUGAACGAAAGCUUUGCAUGGCGAGUCACCGAGUUGGAGAGACUGGUUUGUCAGACUCAGGACCUUCACACCAUCACCAUCACCACCAACACCUGCCAUACUCUGUUUUUCCUGCCUUUAAUCCUCCUAACACAUCCUUCAUUAAUCAAGAAGGGUCAUCGUUUGAUUUUGGAGAGCUAGAAGAAGCUAUUGUGCUUCAAGGUUACAACAAGAUCCAUGGUGAUGAAACCAAAUUACCUUUAUACACAACAGUACCAAGGCCAGCAGCUACUCUGGACAUGUUCCCUUCUUGGCCUAUGAGAGUUCAUCAAACCCCAAGAGGGAGUAAUUCAAGUACAGAUUCAGGGUCAGCAGUAAAUGUUGCAAUUGCUAGUAAACCAGAGUCUCAUUCGCAUUUAGAACCAGAAUCACCAAUCAGCAGUAACAGUAAAAAAGCAUCUUCAAAUCCACAACAAGAUCAACAUCAUCAUCAACAACAAGCUAUUUUUCGUCAACAAUUGCAAAAUCUGCAAAUUCCAACACAAAAUCUUGAAAUGGAAAGUGAAGGUGGUAGUCCUGUUACUACAGGAGGAUCAUCACAUUCUCAACAAACUCCAAAACCCUUCUCAGAAAAGAAAAAGGGAAUUGGUUCGACAUCAGAGAGAACACUGGAUUCGAAGACAUUGAGACGCUUAGCUCAAAACAGAGAAGCAGCAAGAAAAAGCAGACUAAGAAAAAAGGCAUACGUUCAACAGCUAGAAACAAGCAGAAUACGACUAACUCAACUCGAACAAGAUCUUCAACGUGCUCGAUCGCAGGGUUUGUUCGUGGGUGGUGGAGGCGCCGGAGGGAACCUUAGCUCCGGUGCAGCAAUGUUUGAUAUGGAAUACACGAGAUGGCUUGAUGAAGAUCAAAGACACAUGGCUGAAUUACGAAAAGGGUUGCACUCACAUUUAUCAGAUGGUGAUCUUAGGGUUGUAGUUGAUAGCUUUGUUGCACAUUAUGAUGAGAUUUUCCGGUUGAAAAGUGUGGCGGCUAAAUCCGAUGUGUUCCACUUGAUUAAUGGCAUGUGGACUACCCCGGCGGAACGAUGCUUCCUUUGGAUGGGCGGUUUUCGUCCUUCUGAACUUAUCAAGAUGUUAGCAAUUCAAUUGGAUCCGCUCACGGAGCAGCAAGUUGUGGGGAUUUAUAGCCUACAACAAUCCUCACAACAAGCAGAAGAAGCCUUAACACAAGGCUUAGAUCAGCUACAUCAGUCGCUAAUCGACACUAUUGCUAGUGGGUCUAUAAAUGAUGGGGUCCACCAUAUGGCGGUUGCAUUGGGAAAACUUACUAAUCUUGAAGGCUUUGUUCGUCAGGCCGAUAAUUUAAGACAACAAACUCUUCAUCAAUUGCAUCGAAUACUGACUGUUCGACAAGCAGCAAAAUGUUUCUUAGUGAUUAGCGAGUAUUAUGCACGACUACGAGCCUUGAGUUCCCUUUGGGCAUCUCGGCCACGAGAGGCAUUGAUGAGCGAUGAGAACUCUUGCCAAACGACGACGGAUUUGCAAAUGGUGCAAUCUUCACAGAUUCAUUUUUCAAACUAUGGAUGAAGAUAUGAAGUUGGUGAAGUGUUGAUGUCUCAUGGCGGCCGUGGCUUUUGUUUGUUUAAGUACUUGAUUUAGAAGGAUAUCAUUAAAUAG